UCUAAUGGUCUCACAGAUUGACAGCCACACGUUUAAAUUCAUAUUCAGAAGAUGAUCUUGGGAACCCAGAAUCAAAUAGCUUGCAAUAAUAUCCAAAUUCUCUUCCUUGACCAUAAAAUAUCUACUAGACCGCCUUUCAUGGUUAAAACUAGAAUUUGCACUGCAGCCUCGGCGGUCAGUGAGUCAUUGACUCAAAAAACUUGGAGUCCAGGCUCCUUGGAAAAGCCUUUAAGUAAAGCCUCGCAGAUUGAAACCGGUUUGUGGAAAGUUAAUAAUCCAGGUAAAUUUGGUAGGUUUGGAGGAAAGUAUGUGCCUGAGACACUAAUCACUUGUUUGCAGCAACUUGAAGCUGAAUUCAACUUUGUUUUGCAAGAUAAUGCUUUUCAGGAGGAGCUUUCCACAGCAUUGAGAGAGUAUGCUGGACGAGAGACACCUCUAUAUUUCGCUGAGCGGCUGACAAAUCACUACACGGAUGAAAAUGGAGAAGGGCCAGAGAUUUAUCUGAAAAGAGAGGAUUUGAACCAUGUCGGUGCUCACAAGAUAAACAACGCAAUUGCGCAAGUGAUGAUAGCCAAACGCAUGGGCAGGAAAAAUGUGGUUGCCGCCACUGGUGCUGGGCAACACGGCGUCGCAACGGCCGCUGCAUGUGCCAAACUUGGUUUAGAAUGCACUGUCUACAUGGGCACUGCUGAUAUGGAAAAAGAGUCCUCUAAAUCUAAUAUCCUUCUCAUGAAACUAUUAAGCUCUCAGGUUAAAGGUGUUAAUGGAAGCUUUAAAGAAGCAAGCUCAGAAGCAAUUAGAGGUUGGGUAGGGGACUUGGAAAGAAGCUAUUACUUGUGCGGGACAGCGGUAGGGCCUCAUCCAUGUCCAAGCAUGGUUCGAGAGUUUCAAUCCGUGAUAGGAAAAGAAACAAGAAGGCAAGCGAUGGAGAAAUGGGGAGGAAAACCAGAUGUAUUGGUAGCUUGUGUGGGAAGUGGAUCAAAUGCAUUAGGGUUAUUUAAUGAAUUUAUAGAAGAUGAAGAAGUGAGAUUAAUAGGUGUUGAGGGAGGAGGCUUCGGGUUGGAUAGUGGAAGACAUUCUGCAACUCUUGCAAGAGGAGAAGUGGGUGUUUAUCAUGGAGCCAUGACGUACUUGUUGCAAGAUGAAGAAGGACAAAUUUUAGGCCCCCAUUCUAUUGGUUUAGGGCUAGAGUAUCCAGGCGUUGGACCAGAGAUAAGCUUUCUAAAAGACUCAGGACGUGCAGAGUUUUAUACAGCCACAGACCACGAAGCUGUUGAAGCAUACAAGCGGCUAUGUAGACUAGAAGGCAUAUUUCCAGCGUUGGAGGCAUCUCAUGCAUUGGCAUUUCUAGACAAACUUUGUCCAACUUUACCCAACCGUGCUCGAGUUGUGGUUAAUUGUAGUGGGCGUGGAGAUAAGGAUGCUGCUACAGUUCUUAACCACCAAAAACACUCAGAUCUACCAGCAAUAUUAACCAUUCAAUAGAUCAUUUUUACCAAGCACUAGAGUUAAAUAUUGAUGUUGCUAUUGCUAUAUUAGCCUGGGGUGUAACCCUUUGUAAGAUGUGGAAGAUGAUGCAGAAGCAUAAUAUAAAUCAUAAUGCUACUAAUUUUCUCUCUUUGAAA